UAAACGCGUCGCGACGGUCGCAUCGUUGCCAGGAAGUGGUUCCAUUCAAAAAAAUAUAUACAUAAAAUAUAAUUGCGAUCAAGAUCGGUUCCAAAUAUAUACACACAGACAAAGACUGAAUGGAAUUUUCGAAAUCGCAAACACUUUUUGGCGCGCUUCUUCCCCGGAUUGAUGCGAUCUCCUGCAACAAUUGAAGCGUCGUCCUGUGUUGAAUGUGCAUGUGUCGGUGGUUGCUCGAGCUGCUUUAUAAUUAUAAAUUUGGGCUGUUUGGACUGAUGCCAUAGCGACAUUAGCAGUUUUUUUUCUUCGUCUACCUUUUGUUCUUUCGCCGCUCCCCUUGAUGAAUCUGGAUACAGCUCAGCUCUGAUUUAUUUGCAUCCGCAAUUAUGGAUUUAUACAGGAAGGCCAAACCUAACACUCCUGCGGGGACCGGAAAUGGGGCCGAUGCUACGGCGAGCGCCGGAACAGGAACCGGAGCGGCGGCCGGAAGCGGCAUGAACACAAGCAUAGCACCUUUGAUCACGAUGAUCGCCGUUCUCGUAAUCAUAUUAAUAUUCUGCUUUUGCGGAGCACCGGCAGUCAGGGAUUUCUGCAGGAAACGCGUCUGCUGCUGCUGUCCAGAACCGGACGCCGAAAAUCCAGGUACCUCAGACAACAGCUCAACAACCCCAACAAUAAUACUGCUGCCGUUCGGACGGAUGCUGGUCGUGGAUAGAAGCGUGUUUGCAGAGUUCGAGGCAGAUCAGGCAGGCCUCGACUUCAUGGAGUUAAGCGCAAAUCUGAUCAGGGCCCACCGGCACGGAGGAAGGCAACAAUAUGCGAGCACUCCGAGCAUCUUGGAUUCGGAAGCUACAAGCAAAAUCCUCUCAGAUCCAUGUACUCCCGUAGGAAUGUCACCUCCAGCAUACGAAGACAUCUGCGACCUUCCGCCGUCGUACAGCGAGCUAGGUCUUUCCGUCUGUGUUCAAAGCAUCAAGCAAUCCUCUUCCUCCACGAACAGUCACCAUCAGCAGCAGAAACAUAUCAUUAGAGACGAUGCACAAGUCGAAGCUGACGAGCAGACUUCUUCCACGGGGUCCUAUGUCAUGCUGCGAGUCUCCAGCGACACCGACGUCCAUCAGGGUUGCUACUACGAAGCCAGCAAAACCAGAUCCAUCACCAAACAACUUAGUUUAUAAGCGGUUCCGACCCACGCGAGGCUCGGAGGGAAUUCUAUUUAUAAAACACACACAUACACAUAUCGUAAAGCGUACUUUAAAAUAUAAGUGUACAUACGAAUAUACAUAUUACGUCUUGUUAAUUACGAACGAGAGAAAAG